CGCUCCCCCUGAAACGAACACAUUCAACUCACAACGACCAAUUUCCCCAUUCACGCUGGGACCUGCGAAAAGGUCCAAGAUACCAUAAACGAUGGCCACAACGGCAUGGGCCGCAAUGGUGGCCAUGGUCAAUUUAAGUGGAGAUCAAAUUCCAAAAGAAUGCAAAUCAGAACAUUCAAAAAUUCAAACAGGUUUAUCGUUAUUCUUGUGUAUGGGUUUGGUAAUUUCAUAUUUACCUCAAUUGUUUCGUAUCAUUCUCAAAAGGAGUUCGAUUGGCUUUUCACCUUGGUUCUUGUUCUUAGGUGCUACAAGUAGUGCAAGUAGCUUUCUCAACGUCGUCACUCUGCAAUGGCCUACCGUAUCUUGCUGUCAGUAUCUAACAUUGGGAGCAUGUGCCGAAUCUUUGCUGGGAAUCGUACAAGUGGGUCUUCAAUGGCUUCUCUUCAUGUCUGUCGCCCUUCUCUUCUUGGUUUAUUACCCAAAAGAGUUCCGGUACGAACGCAUGGUAUCCUUGGAAGGACCGGAACGUGGUAUCUUGGCUACGUAUGAUGCCGAAGACGAUGAUGCAUCUUCCGGUGCUGAUCUUGAUUCGAUCGAUUCGCAUAUCGCAGAGAAUUACGGGCGAGAGGGAGCAAGUGAUGUUGCAGGAAUAGACGGUGCAGGUAUAUCAGGUGUCACUGCACAAACAGAUGAUAGCGCAGGUGAGAGCGCAUUGGCUAGCAGGCUUGACUUGAACAGUGAUGAUGAACGUAGUAGUUCAGCUUUCAGUCGAUUAGUACCAACAUUUUGGCCUGUUUGGAAAGCACCACGCAAGGUUAACCCUUCACCUUUGGGGAAAGUGGCUGCAACAGAAACUUUACCACCCAAUGCUACACCGGCUGCCGUUUCUGCAGCAGCGGCCCAAAGUUCGCAAGAAGCCCCUAUACCGCAGGAGGAAGUACAAGUAGAUCAACAUGGUAGAAGAUUUAUCCCUGAUGGUGAUUCUGCACACGUUCGUAUUCAUGCACCUCAAGCACUACGCAAACCACCACGUAAACGUCGUAUAAAGACACGGUCACCUGAAUGGUCUUUAGCACUUUCUUUGGGAUGGAUUGUGGCUUUCCAUUUUGUCUUUAUUCUGUUGGUCACUCUUUUGCUGGUAUCUUCUUUACCGCCCUCUUCCUUCCCUUCGCCCCCUAGCAAAGCACCAUCGACUCAAAUAUUUGGACCUUCAUCACGCCUACUCGUCAACCGAUGGGCGGCUUUCCUUGGUUGGUCAGCAAUGCUUUUGGCCGCAUUCCAAUAUCUACCUCAAAUCGUUUAUACGGCAAGAAAUAAGCUGGUAGGAAGUUUGAGUAUUCCGAUGAUGUGCUUACAAGUACCAGGAGCGGUUUUGUUCAUCUACACCCUUUCUCUUCAACCGGGUGUGAACAUUACUUCUUUGGCUGCGUAUGUUUGUACGGCCGUUUUGCAAACGAUCUUGCUCGGUCUUUGUGUUGCUUGGCGCAUUCGUCAAGGUCGAAUGGGCAUCGAUGACUUUGGACGUCCGGUGCAAGUGGCUGCAGGAAGAGCAGCAAGUGAAGCACCUUCUGGAUGAGGUAUAUCUUGUCACCUUUUCAGUUAUUUUACAUUACAUAAAUUCUGCCUUUUCAAUGCAAAUUUCAUUUUGGUAUAUUGUUAUGGGUAAAGUACAAAUGUGCAAUAAUUGCUUCUUUCAUCUAGCUUCAGGUCAGCUUCUGUCUCAUCCUCUCCAAUGAGUGCUUGCUGAUGUUCAGCGUUGGGUCAAGCUCUCUUAGGAAAGGUUUCAACCUUGUUCCUGAGCUCUCGCAUUCCUCUUCAUAGGCAUGCAUGGCCAAAGCAGCCAGAGACAAGUAAGAAUGCAUAACGU